AUGAGGCAACAGAUAAAGAGUCGCUAUCUGAGGAAGUUACCUUGGAGUUUGCUGAACUGCAAAUCCAAUUCCAAACCAGAUUUUGAUAGUAUUAAGCUGGUUGAAACCAUUCCUAAACCUGCUGUUACUGCUAAUGAACUACCAAUUAAUAAUUUUGUGAAACCUCAGUUGCAGAUACCUACAUUUUCAGGCGAACCUCAUGAAUGGAAUGUUUUCAAAAAUGUUUUUGAUGCUGCUGUUCACACCAGUAAAGACUAUUCCAGUGAGGCCAAAUACCAUCUUCUAACUUCAUAUUUAAGUGGUGACGCUUUGACCUUGGUUCAAAAUUACACCAACACUGCUGAAUGCUACAAAGCUGCCUAUGACAGCUUGCACAAAUGA